AUGGAGAUACAACCUUUCAUACAGGCCUCGAAUUUAGACACAAAAUCUCUAAUAACUGGAGGAAUUUUCAUCGCCUUUACAACCAUUUUAGGAGUAAUAGCCUUGUUAUAAACAUAUUGUGAACACAGACAUUACAAUCUAUUGAGGGAAGCUUCGGUUGCCAUCCUAAUAGGAUUGCUAAUUGGAGUCAUUACUGAAUUUUAAGUAUUAUAGAAUGUUAACUAUGAUAAUUCAUCUGAAAUUUUCUUUUUUGUUUUGCUUCCCAUCAUAGUUUUUAAGGAAGGCUACAAUUUAAAUAAGCAACACUUUAUGAAGAACUUCUUCUAUGUGGUCUUGUAUGGUAUUUUUGGAACUAUAUUCAAUUUCAUCGUUUUGGCAGCACUCAAUUACUCAAUAACCAACACAACCAUUUUUUGGAUACCGCCAUCAAAAGAUAGUUAAAAUAACACCCCUAUCAAUUCUAGGUAUGCAUCCACAUUUUACUCAGCCUGCAUCUCCUCUAAAGAUAGUGCUGUAUCUUUAAGCGUGUUAGAAUUUGAACAUGCACCCAAGUUACACAGUAUAAUAUUCGGUGAGCAAAUCUUAAACGACGUCGUGGUGUUUGCAAUAAGUAAGACCGUGGAAAAGUUUCAUGAUUAAAGUGAAUCAAAGAGUGAUUGGGAAUGGUAUAGUGUAUUCAUUUUUAUUGGCUGGAUUCUCGCAAACUUACUUGUAGGUUUAAUCGUAGGAGUCUUGGUCGGCAGUAUGGCUACUUGGAUAACAAAGGAAUCUCGAUUUCUAUCUGAGCAUUCCUCUGUAGCUACUGCCUUUACUAUUUACAUAGCUUAUUUCGCAUUUUGUGUUUGUGAAGCAAUAGGAUUUUGUGGAGUUUUAGCCGUUUUAUUGUGUGGUAUUAUGCUAUCACAUUAUUAAACCUACAAUUUACCUAAAAUUUCAGCGACUUCUUCUAAGAUUACAAUCAAAGCACUAGCUUAUAUUAGUGAAACUAUUAUCUACUUUUAUAUUGGAUAUAUGGUGACUGAAAAUGCUAUAGUUAAAGACUAAUAAGAUAGUAAUCUAAAAUCUCAAGUUUAUACUUUUCUUCUUAUUCAAUACUUUGUUUUCUCUCCUGUAGCCAAAUUAUCAUCCAUGCUUUUAGCUCAUGGUUUUGCGAUAAUGUAAAUAGAUCAUCAUAUUCAUAGUAUACGCAUGAAAACCAAAGGACCAUGGAGAAUAAAUAAGUAUGAGUUCUUCCUCCUUUUUUAUUCUGGCCUAAUUAAAGGAGUCGUUGCUUAUGCUUUAAUGUGUGAAUAGGAUGUAGGAGGGAAAGAUUAUUAUAAAAUUAUCUAAACUACUUCUUUGUACAUGGUGGUGUUUACUACUUUAAUUAAUGGUGGGACAUUGAAAUAUGUAUGUGAAUGGGCGUAUAGACGAAUGGAAAAAGAGAAUUCGACUGCUUAGACAAGGACUUAAUCAUCUCAAUCAUACGCAAUUAGACAGACUUUUAUACAGGAAGAUUUAGCUGCCUAUAAAAAACUUAAAAAUAAAAGUGAGAAAUUCUUCAAGGGCUUUGAUGAGAAAUAUAUCAAGCCAUUUCUAAUCUAUAAAUACAAUUAAAGAAAGGAUGAUAUCCGUCUAGCCAAGAAAUUGCAAAAAAAUAAGUCCAAGUAUGAAAAGGAACAGGACUUUAAGAUGUAUGAUGAUAGCAUUAGACAAUAGAGAGAAGAAUUAGAAUUACAUAAGUAAAAACGAAAUGAAUUAACAUAAAUUGAUUAUAGUAAUUCUGAUUCAGAUGAUGAAUAGAACAAUCAUCAAAAUGGUAAUUAACAUACUACCUUCCAAGGCGAACUUUAAGAAGUCAAAAAUAGUAAGUAACAAAAUGGUGAUCGUAACCAUGAUUGA